AUGUAUGGUCGCCUUUUAAUUCUGGCAUGUGCUGCUAUAGCAAGUGCAAAAUUCCACAUCAAUGAAUUUGCUGGAAAAACUUGCGAUCUGCUCGAUAUCUGGAAUCGGAACACCAACACCAGCAGCUCGGUCCAAUACACCCAGGACAAUAAUGAGCACUCAUUCUUAUUGUCUAAUGACUGCCAAGGCCAGCUUAAGUCAAUCCUGACCAAUUGUUUAGACAGUUCACGCCUCAAAUGCAACAACAUACUCCUCUCGAUUUCCGACGAAUCGCCUGCGGAUGAAUCUAUAUCUAGAAGGGCUUUGGCGAAGAGAUUACAAUCUGGUCAAUCGCAUCCUGAGAGCUGUUCAUACGUUGUGUCCGACUUGUCCAUCGCAAAAAGCUCAGAAAUUGCUAGCAGUCCGAGCGUCACCUCUGGUGCAUUGGACUUGACCCAACCGAUGACUUCUACAAUUGUUGACAAAAUAGACCUCGAGUCCGGUGGCAAGUUGAGUACUGCGUAUACUCUUGCGAUGGUUUCAACUAGGCACCUAAAACCGGUCAGCAGCUAUAGCCAGACCCGUGGUUCAAUGGAAGCUAUGAAAACAUCAAUUGGUCGUAUUUGCUUGAUCAAGGAAUCAGAAUAUUAUGCAGCCGGCAAAGGCGGCAAGUCGGCAAAGACCACCAGUGCCAUGGAGAGCUUCCACUAA